CACAGCCCGCCGCGCCGCCGAGGCCGGGCGCGCACCAUGCCGCGGGCGCCCGCGCCCCUCUAUGCCUGCCUGCUUGGGUUGUGCGCGCUCGUGCCGCGCGUCCCAGGGCUCAACAUAUGCACUAGUGGAAGUGCCACCUCGUGUGAAGAAUGUCUGUUAAUUCACCCCAAGUGUGCCUGGUGCUCCAAGGAGUACUUUGGCAGCCCGAGGUCCAUUACCUCUCGAUGUGACUUGAGAGAAAACCUCAUCCGGAAUGGCUGUGGAGGGGAGAUUGAAAGCCCGGCCAGCAGCACCCAUGUCCUGCGGAGCCUGCCCCUCAGCAGCAAGGGCUCCAGUGCCAUAGGCUCAGACGUCAUUCAGAUGGCACCACAGAAGAUUGCUGUGAACCUCCGGCCCGGUGACCAGACCACCUUCCAGCUUCAGGUGCGCCAGGUGGAGGACUAUCCCGUAGAUUUGUACUACCUGAUGGACCUCUCCCUCUCCAUGAAGGAUGAUUUGGACAACAUCCGGAGCCUGGGCACCAAACUCGCUGAGGAGAUGAGGAAGCUCACUAGCAACUUCCGGUUGGGUUUUGGGUCUUUUGUUGACAAGGACAUCUCUCCUUUCUCCUAUACAGCGCCGAGGUAUCAGACCAAUCCAUGCAUUGGUUAUAAGUUGUUUCCAAACUGCGUCCCCUCCUUUGGGUUCCGCCAUCUGCUAUCUCUCACAGACAGAGUGGACAGCUUCAAUGAGGAAGUACGGAAGCAGAGGGUGUCCCGGAACCGUGAUGCCCCCGAGGGUGGCUUUGAUGCAGUCCUCCAGGCAACUGUCUGCAAGGAAAAGAUUGGCUGGCGAAAGGAUGCACUGCACCUGCUGGUUUUCACCACAGAUGAUGUACCCCACAUUGCCCUGGAUGGAAAGCUAGGGGGCCUGGUGCAGCCCCACGAUGGCCAGUGCCACCUGAAUGAAGCCAAUGAAUACAUCGCAUCUGACCAAAUGGACUAUCCAUCCCUUGCCUUGCUUGGAGAGAAGUUGGCAGAGAACAAUAUCAACCUCAUCUUUGCAGUUACGAAAAACCACUAUAUGCUCUACAAGAAUUUUACAGCCUUGAUACCUGGAACCACAGUGGAGAUUUUGCAUGGAGACUCCAAAAAUAUUAUUCAACUGAUUAUCAAUGCAUACAGUAGCAUCCGGUCUAAGGUGGAACUGUCAGUCUGGGAUCAACCUGAGGAUCUUAAUCUCUUCUUCACUGCUACUUGCCAAGAUGGUGUAUCCUACCCUGGUCAGAGGAAGUGUGAGGGUCUGAAGAUUGGGGAAACGGCAUCCUUUGAGGUAUCCGUGGAGGCCCGGAGCUGCCCUGGCAGACGCACAGAGCAAGUGUUCACCCUGCGUCCUGUGGGAUUCCGGGACAGUCUGCAGGUAGAGGUUACCUACAACUGCACAUGCGGCUGCAGCACAGAGCUGGAGCCCAACAGUGCCAGGUGCAGCAGGAAUGGAACUUACAUCUGUGGACUGUGUGAGUGUAAUCCCAGUUACCUGGGCACCAGAUGUGAGUGCCAGGAGGGGGAGAAGCAGAGCGGAUACCAGAACCUGUGCCGAGAGGCAGAGGGCAAGCCACUAUGCAGUGGGCGCGGAGAAUGCAACUGCAACCAGUGCUCCUGCUUCGAGAGUGAAUUCGGGAGGAUCUACGGGCCCUUCUGUGAGUGUGACAGCUUCUCUUGCGCCAGGAACAAGGGUGUGCUCUGCUCAGGCCAUGGUGAGUGUCACUGUGGAGAAUGCAAGUGCCAUGUAGGUUACAUUGGAGACAACUGUAACUGCUCGACAGAUAUCAGCACAUGCCGGGCCAAGGAUGGGCAGAUCUGCAGCGACCGUGGGCACUGCAUCUGUGGGCAGUGCCAGUGUACAGAGCCUGGAGCCUUUGGGGAGACUUGUGAGAAGUGCCCAACCUGUCCUGAUGCUUGCAGCUCAAAGAGAGAGUGUGUCGAGUGCUUGCUGCUUCAUGCUGGGAAACCUGACAACCAGACUUGCCACCACCUGUGCAAGGACGAAGUGAUCACAUGGGUGGACACCAUUGUCAAAGAUGACCAGGAGGCUGUGCUUUGCUUCUACAAAACUGCUAAGGACUGUGUCAUGAUGUUCAGCUACACAGAGCUGCCCAAUGGGAAGUCCAACCUGACAGUACUCAGGGAGCCAGAGUGUGGAACUUCCCCUAAUGCCACGACCAUCCUACUGGCCGUGGUCGGUGGCAUCCUUCUGAUUGGGGUGGCUCUCCUGGCAAUCUGGAAGCUGCUUGUCACCAUCCAUGACCGCAGAGAGUUUGCCAAGUUCCAGAGUGAGCGCUCCAGGGCCCGCUAUGAAAUGGCCUCAAACCCCCUCUACAGAAAACCCAUCUCCACACACACUGUGGAUUUCACCUUCAACAAGUUCAACAAAUCCUACAAUGGCUCUGUGGACUGACGGUAUUUUUGAAAGGCUGGAGUGUGACUAAGGACAAAGAUUAAGUGCCUUGGACAGCUCUUGACUUGAUCACGCUAAAUAGGCAAGCACCAAGAUGCACUCCACUGUACCUGAGCAAGGGACCCGCUAUCCACACAGGAGUUAGCUGGCCAUAACCCCUGGCUGCAGGCCAGAGCCACAUGAGGUCACCUCCCUCCAAGCCUGGGAAAAGCAAGGAGACAUUGGCAUUCUCGGCUUCCCUGCUGCCUGCAGCUUGCAGUCUGGAUGAACUGCUGAGGCCUGGGCUGCCUCUUCCUUUCCUGCCUGGUCAGACAAGAAGGUACUGGGGAGGGUCCACGUGUGCAAAGCCAGUGUGCAGCUUGGCUUUUUCAUGUUGAUCAUUUUUAUAUGAAAUAAAAAGGUCAUGCAUUUAU